GCGCGAAAAGAGGAGCACGCGUUUUGCAACACUGCUACCAAUCUAGAAGAAAGUUUCUGCAACGUUCGUUGCUACCAUUAUCAAAUCGAUAAUCGCUCGAACACUCGUCCUCCGUUUGUCAUCUUCGCCGAAACUUGAUAAUCGUCUGAUGUGAGUAAAUUCGCGAGAGUUUCGAGACAAAAAUUUGACAAGAAACACUUUUGAUGACGCGCGUAACAAACGGUGUAUCGAGUAUUGUUAUAGAGCGGCUCGAGCGAUCAGGACAAAUGUGAACAACAGCGCGUAAAAAUUUCUCCCGAAACGAGAACGUCGAUAUCACAUGCACACACAAAAAACAAGAGGAGUAUUAACAAGGAGAUUUAUCAGCGCGAUUGUUUAUUUUUGAGGGUGAACUCGUCGAAAGUUACGAUCGCUCCGAAGAUGAGACUCAAUAAGGAAAUUUAUAUUACGUCGCUCUUAUCAAUCGUUGGUGUGCUCCUGAUCGUUGAGGUAACUCGCGGUGACACGCUUCACGGUAUUGAAAUGAACCGCGAGGAUCCCUGCAUCAGUUUGUGCGAGAAAACGUCCAUUGAUUUCUCAAAUAAAAUUUACAUGAAGUCUUGCUGCCAACGAGGAUGCAGGUUCUUCAAUCUGGUCGACCUGCGCCAUGGAUGGGAAUCAGACGAGUUGAAUGGCACCAGACAGGCUUGUGAGACCUCGUGCACCGAGGCAUACACAAAUCUGGAAGAUCGCUAUACCUGUGGAAUUGGUUGUGAUUUUAUGGCCAAUCAACGAGUUUCGGAUCUGCUGUCUCUUCUCUCGAUUGCCAUGCGUAUGGAGAAAAACAUUUAUUACUCCAAUGCUUUGGGUCUGAUAGAUAUACCAGAAAACGAUAUAUUAACUGAUCCUGGAUUGCGCAAGGAGCUGCUUCCUGGAUGGUGGGAUUCCGACGGCUUCAAAUUGCCGCAAACGUAUAUUAAAACCGUACCAAUGGAUGUUGGAACUGUGGAUUAUUCUCUAUCUUCUGAUUAUUCCGGCGAGAGCGAGCAGACAGCAUUUACACCUGUGAUUGUAUCUGGUCCGGAUUGGUUUAAGUGCAUAUUCAAGCAGAUACCACCCGAGCAUCUGAGGCCUUUGUUCUUCCUUCUCAUAGGAACCUUUGUAGUAUUGUUCAUAAUAUUAUCACUUUGUCUAAGGUGGAUCUACAUAUGCACGGAGGAUGAUUCGUUGUCCAAAGAGAAGCUGAUCGACACAUCUAAUUCACUCAAAGUCACAUUGUACCAUACAUACAUACCAGACGAAUCGCCUCUGUACAAGGAACCACCUCCCAAGUACGAUCAGCUAUUGGAUCAACCUGAAACCUAUUCGCCAGACGUCAAAGUUAAUAUCUAAAUCAAUGAUGACUUAACAGAAAACGCGUGAUCGUAUCUUGUUUCGAAAGCUUUAGCAUAACACACAAUGCAGUGAUAUGUAGAUAUCAAUGAUUACCGUGAUUUAAAUUUGAUAAAAUCAAAAGUGCAUUUUACAAUAGAGCGACAUAGAGAUAAUUCAACUAUCUUUUUUUUUUUUUUUU